UGCCCGCUGUCGUGCCAGAUGACUCGGUGCCCGCUGUCGAGCCAGGUGACUCGGUGCCCGCUGUCGAGCCAGAUGACUCGGUGCCCGCUGUCGAGCCAGAUGACUCGGUGCCCGCUGUCGAGCCAGAUGACUCGGUGCCCGCUGUCGAGCCAGAUGACUCGGUGCCCGCUGUCGAGCUUGGUGACCCGGUGCCCGCUGUCGAGCCAGAUGACUCGGUGCCCGCUGUCGAGCCGGAUGACUCGGUGCCCGCUGUCGAGCCGGAUGACUCGGUGCCCGCUGUCGAGCCGGGUGACUCGGCGCCCGCUGUCGAGCCUGGUGACUCGGUGCCCGCUGUUGUGCCAGAUGACCCGGUGCCCGCUGUCCUGCCAGAUGACUCGGUGCCCGCUGUCCUGUUAGAUGACUCGGUGCCCGCUGUUGUGCCAGGUGACUCGAUGCCCGCUGUUGAGCUUGUGCCCGCUGCUCUGCCUGAUGUGCCUAUGUCCGCUGCCCAGCCUGAUGUGCCUCCGUCCGCUGCCCAGCCUGAUGUGCCUCCGUCCGCUGCCCAGCCUGAUGUGCCUCCGUCCGCUGCCCAGCCUGAUGUGCCAGCCCCUGAUAUCCAGCCAGUUACCUGACCCAGGCGGGGGGAACAUUUUGCUCACGAAGGACUGUUUGGAGCAUCCUGAGGCCGCUCCUUGAGGGGGGGGUACUGUCAGGAAUGGACUCGCCAAUGGUGGUGGGACUCAUCUGCCGUGUGGGCUGCAGUACCAGGGCUGGCCAGCGGGU